GCAGGGACAAGGACCACAAUUCCGUCCGGUAGCAGUUGUCGUCCCUGGAACGGCUCUCUCUCUCUCUCUCUCUCUCCUUCUCACACUCUCUCUCUCUCUACCUCAACAGAGGCACCUCGCUUGUUUUUAAAAGUGCGUCUGCUCUUCAAGGAGAAUAUCUGUGACACAUUACAAUGCUUCACAUACGGGACCUCGUCUGGGGAUUGCUAUUCGCUGGCUGUGCAGCUGCCAUCCAGGUGCAAAUCACUCCAAGUCAAGGAGAGAUCAGCGUAGGAGAGUCCAAGUUCUUCCUCUGCGAAGUGGUUGGAGAUGCAAAAGACAUUGACUGGUAUGCCCCCAGCGGGGAGAAGAUCCUCCCCAACAGGCCGGACAUCUACGUCAGCCGCAGCGAUGAAACCAUGUCCAGCCUCACCAUCUACCACGCCAACGUGGACAGCGCCGGGAUCUACAAGUGUGUGGCGAAGAGCGGGGACAAGGAGGCCCAGGCCACAGUCCGAGUUAAGAUCUUCCAAAAGAUCACCUUCGAGAGCGCUCCCACCCCACAGGAGUUCAACGAAGGCGACGAUGCCGACAUAGUCUGCGAGGUGGUCAGCUCGCCGCCGCCCACCAUCAUCUGGAAGCACAAAGGCACCAGGAUCCAGGUCUCCAAAGACGUGCGAUACAAGAUCAUGGCAAAUGGCCACCUGCAGAUCCGCGGCAUUAACAAGAUAGAUGAGGGCAUGUACAACUGUGAGGCUCGCAUCAUGGCCAGGGGAGAAAUUGACUUCAGGAUGAUCAAGGUCGUUGUUAACGUGCUGCCCACCAUCCGCGCCAGGCUGUCGGAGGUCAACGCUACAGCGGACAGCGGUCGCUCUGCUUUGCUGGCAUGCGACGCUGAUGGCUACCCUGAACCCACUGUCACCUGGACCCACAACGACGUUCUCCUUGAAACGGGUGAUAAGUACACGCUCAACGAGGAUGGUUCGGAAUUGCUAAUAAAAGGUGUCAAGAAAGUGGAUGAAGGGGAUUACACUUGCGUCGCCAAGAACAAGGCAGGAGAAAACGAGGAGGUCAGCCUGAACGUGUUCGUGAAACCCAGGAUUACCUAUCUGAGUAACAAGACCGCCUCAGAGUUUGCCGAUCAAGUCACCCUGACCUGUGAGUCCUUGGGCGACCCCACACCCACCAUCUCCUGGAGUUUCCAAAACCGGGUAUUCACUGAAGGAGAGCAGGCUUCUUGGACGCGACCCGACAAAUAUGAGAGCCUUGAUAGAAAUAUUGUGGUACGCAGCCAUGCACGGGUGUCCUCGCUCACCUUGAAAAAUGUCCUGUUCACGUACGCCGGCCAGUAUCUCUGCACCGCCAGCAACUCCAUUGGCCAGGACAACCAGCACAUGUACCUGGAGGUCCGCUAUGCUCCAAAAAUCCUGGGUCCAGUGACGGUGUACACGUGGGAGGGGAACGCGGCCAACAUCAGCUGUGAGGUGGAGGCUCACCCGGGAGCCUCGGUGGUUUGGUUUAGAGAUGGCCUCCAGCUGCCCUCUGCCAACACCACCAACAUGAAGAUCUACAGCACACCAACCAUCAGCUACCUGGAGAUUACCCCUGAUUCUCAGAAUGACUUUGGGAGCUACAACUGCACAGCAACCAAUGUGAUGGGCUCUGAGUCCAAGGAAUUCCUUCUGAUCCAAGCAGAGGUGCCAUCAUCGCCAGAAAUCAAACAAGUGGAACCUUUCUCCAGCACAGCAGUGGUGGCGUUUGAAGAACCCGACUCCAUGGGUGGAGUUCCUAUCAUCAAGUACAGAGUGGAAUGGCGUUUGCCGGGCCAGGAUUGGACUGGCAAAGAACACGACGCUAGCGACGACAUGACUGCGAUCACCAUUGUUGGCCUGAAGCCUGAGACUACCUACGAGGUCAAGAUGUCGGCCAUCAACGGCAAGGGCGAAGGCGAGAGCAGCCAGGCCAGCACUUUCAAGACCGAGCCCGUCCGGUAUUCUUUCACAAUUUCAUCAGAGACACCAACCCCUAUUGCCACCACCAGUGUGGCCAUUAGGGAACCCAGUGCCCCCAAACUACAAGUCAAGGUCCAAGAAAGGGGUAAUACUCUUAAGGUCAACUGGAUCAAGCAGGACGACGGCGGCUCCCCCAUUAAACACUACCUGGUCAGAUACAAGGCUAAGCAUGUGUCUGACUGGAAACCAGAGCUGCGCAUCCCCCACAACAGUGAGUAUGUGAUGCUGAGCGGCCUGGACUGGAAUACAGAGUACGAGGUUCACGUGGUGGCGGAGAAUCAGCAGGGCAAGUCGGAGCCUGGCGUCAUCUCCUACAGAACCGCUACGGACCCCACUACCGUCCCAGACGCCGUGGCCGGUGGCUCAGGCCUGAGCACCGGAGCUAUCGUAGGCAUCCUCAUUGUUGUGUUUUUGCUGCUGUUGGUGGCCGUGGAUGUCACCUGCUACUGCCUCAACAAGUGUGGACUCCUCAUGUGCAUUGCUGUGAACGUCUGUGGGAAGGCCGGACCGGGUGCGAAGAGCAAGGACCUUGAAGAGGGCCAGGCUGCAUUCACGAAAGAUGAGUCUAAGGAGCCAAUUGUUGAGGUGAGAACAGAGGAAGAACAAACCCCAAACCAAGGAGGGGGUCCCACUGAGCCCAACGAGACCACGCCCUUGACAGGACCUGAGCCCGCUGCUGCAGACACCACCUCCACGGUGGUAAACUUGCUCCCCUCCGCUGCCACUAACUCAGUUGCUGAGAGCUUUAGCGCGGCGCAGAGCAGUCCUGCUAGUGAGAGCACCACGCUAACCAUCAGCGCCUCGGGCCCAGCCAAAGCCGCCCCUGCCACGGCCUCCCCCCAAAACAGCCCUGCUACCCAUUCCAGUCCGCUUAAUGCUAACACCCAACCUGAGGUCGGGCCCCUGGUCGACCUGAGCGAUAUCCCAAAAGCUCCCCCCUCGUCCAACCCAGCACCCCUCGUCUCAGAGGCCGUCGGCUCUGCUAAUGCCGACGGGCCGCAGAGCCAGCGUGACACAGUCAAAGCCCCUGACGGCACCCAGAAUAAGGACUUACAAGUAGACGGCCCGGCCAAGGAUGCGCACAAUGCCCCGUGCACAGACUCGACCACACCAGCCCACAAUGACGGCAAGGCUGUGAAGGACGGUGGCACGAAAGGCGAGACGGAGGUGAAGAACGCCACGGCCGAGGUGAAGACGGUUCCCAGCGAGGCUCCCCAGACGAACGGCAACGAGAGUAGAGCGUAAUCUCCUCACCUGAGAGCAGCGGGGAGGGGAAAAGGGUGGUUGGGGGUGGUUUUUAAGGUUAAAUGGCGGGGGGGGAAGAGGGUCACGUUCACUGAAACCUUUAAAGAAAUGUCACACACCACCACCCCCAUCGCAUCAGAAAAAUAUGACCAAAAAAAAAAUUAUUCAUGGUCUCUUUCUACAAUGUCUUCUGACCAGAGAAAUGUAAAGACCUCCUUCACAUGCCUUAGUCUCUAUUACGUCGGUUUCUUUUUGCUUAUUCGUCACAGAAGAAAAAAGCGGAAUUCAUACUUGUAGUUCACCCUCUCUCUCUCUCUCUCUCUCUCUCUCUCUCUCGUAUGUUAUGUUAAUUUGAUCAACUGUUAAAUAUGGAAAGUGUUUUUUUUCUCCUGUAGAUAAUCAUGGUUGGACUGUAGCUUUACUGCCCUCAUAAUGUACACAAGACUGGUACAAUUACCGAUUCUACUAUUCUUUAUGCAGUAUGGUCAUCAGCGUGGUAAUGAAUUAUGGGUCUUUCCUCCUUUUGUUGAUAUUUUGUUGUGUUUUAAACAAUGUGCAGACGUUACUGCCUAUUUAGCAUUUUCAAUGUGUUAUUUCCAGAGAUUAGAACAUUAGCAUGCCUGUCUUUGCAAAGUUAAUGUAUUUCUGUACAUGUUGCUGUCAUUUGGUUCCUCUUUUAGAUGUUUUUUUUGUUUUUGUUUUUCAUAAACGUUUUCUCCUCGAGGUUCUGGCCGAGGAAUCCUCCAAACUAGUACAAACGGGAGCUAUUAAAGUCUAGGUUUAGGGGUUUUAACCCCGUCUCCCUAAAAACUCUGUUUAUACAGUACAUGUAUAUUAGUAAAUGGUUUUGCCGAAUACAUGAGGAAAGAAAUGAUUUUGUUACUUUGCAGGUGCGUUCAUUAAAGUUUUUAAUAUGUCGAUUAAAAAGCGGGAUCUGGACGACAUUGUUUCUUUCACAUUGUAUUUGCUGUUGCUGUAUACGAGCGUCCUAUUUAGGAGACAGGGUUUGGGGUCAGGAAAUGCUCAAAUAGUAUAUUACAGUUGUGAUCCUUUUUUUAGGGGCCACAUCUGUCCAAUUUCCCAGACUGAAUAAGUCACACCAUGUCAAGUUGGGAUGUCUUAAAAGAGAAACGCGGCCUUAUUUUAACCGAAUUUGAAGGAGACCCUAUUCCGAAAUCCACGUGUCUCACUUUCGUUCCUCACGUGACCAAAUAUGCCAGGUGUGUUCAUGUGAGUGCUGGUAAAUAAAUACAUUAUUUCAACUGAACCAAUGAGGGGGAAAAGGAUGCGACAGGAAGUAAAUUAUGCCAACUGUUUCUUCUGUAGCCAUGUAGAAAAAGUUGAUUUAAGUUAUAUGAAGAGAUUUACCAGUUACAUGGCACGCUAUUGUGUCUUGACAUGAAACUACAAGAGAGGUCAAGUUCCUCUUGGUCUUUUUUGACCUCGCAAGUCGACGAGGACCGAGUGUUUGUCUCGGUCUCUGUGGUGCUCGCGAUGAAAUGAACUAGAAAUUAGAAAUCCUCCGUCGACGUCUCAUCUCGUAAAAAAAAAACCACGUUCUGCAUCGUCAAUACAGUCGAUCGUUUUACUUUCUAUCAAUGUUAGUACACACCUUUAACUCUUCUCUCUCUCGCUCUCUCACACAAACACACACACCUCUCACCCUUUCCCCCAGGUCUCCUUUAAACAUUUUCGGAACAGCCCUUUAACUGACAGGUUUGGGGUGCUUCACAGGGACUAAAAAAAGGUCACGUGUUUUUCGAAAGCAAUUCCAGUCAGCAGGUUUGAACUGAGAAGCAGACUUUCUUCUUUUUUUUUUAAACCAGCCCUAGCGGUGAUGUUGGUCAAACUCGCUGAGAUUCGGUCUCCACUGCCCUGCAAUUGGUCUCGGAUAUCACAUUCAGCCUCCAGCUUCUUCUGUGGUUCAUAGCCAUUGUUGCCUUCUCUGUGCUAACCACUAUUGCUCAUCGCUUUUCACUGAUUGGCCAGAGAACUCUGCACCUCUUCAGUGACCAAAAACAUCCGUUUCCAUCAGCCGUCGUUUUCUCUCUUCCACCGCUUCCACCGUCCUGCAGAUGAAUCUUUUAGUAUGUGUGUGUGUGUGUGUGUGUGUGUGUGUGUUCCUGCAGUGAUGUGACAUAUAUUGUAGGUUUUAGGACAGUAUCACUUUAUUCUGGAUUCACUUGCAUCACUCUCGGCACAAGGUCUACAGGGAAUGUUCUGGAAUAUGUCUGGAAAUUAUUAAAUGAGGCCCCAAUUGACAGAUGUGUUGGGCUCGUCUCUGGCCUCUUUGCUCGACUAUUGAAAGUGUUUUAAUAUUUUGCGACACAACCCCACUAUACGCCCGCCGAGUACGAAGGUCCUUGAGGUGAGCGAAGGACUCGCAGGCGAAACUGAAUAAUGUAGAAACUUGAAAAAGGUUCUCUUCUGGUGUCCUGCUUUGGAUGUGCAAAGUUAAACAUUUGAGUCAGAGCAUUUUCUUUUUCUUUCUGUACGGUGUUCCUCGUCCCACCUUCAACUGCACGCCCGUGCACUCUAAAUGUGUGAUUCCAUUGUGUCCUUUGUCGUAGAGUUGAGCACAAAAGUUUGCUUGUGUAAAGAUGUAGUAGUGUGCGUCACAAUGGCCCAACGGCAACAUACAGAGAACAGCAGCACAUGCAGCGAACUGGAAAGACACAGUGCCUUUUGAAUAUGAAAGUGGUGGCAUGCAUUUUGUUCCUCACAGUGUGUCUGUCCAUUAAAAGUUUCACAUCUCCA